UCUAAAAAUGACAGCAUUAUUUACCCAAAAAAAGGGAAAAAAAUCAGUGUUUUUGGUUGGUUUUUCAACAAAAAUUUUGGGGUCCUAAAAUAUUUAACUUCACAAUGAAAAUGAAGUUUUCCAUCAUUACAAACUUGCAUUGUCUUGAGCUUUUUCCAACUUAAAAUCAAUGCAGGCAGUGAAAGAUGAAGAUAGCAGUGAUUGGAGGUGGGAUUAGUGGCUUGGUAUCAGCUUAUGUUCUUGCCAAGGCAGGUGUGAAUGUGGUGCUUUAUGAGAAGGAAAAUCACUUGGGUGGCCAUGCCAAGACUGUUAACUUUGAAGCUGUUGACUUAGACCUUGGUUUCAUGGUCUUCAAUCGUGUAACAUAUCCAAAUAUGAUGGAGUUCUUUGAGAGUCUUGGAGUUGAUAUGGAGCCAUCUGAUAUGUCAUUCUCAGUAAGCCUGGAUGAAGGCAAAGGCUGUGAAUGGGGCAGCCGAAAUGGUUUGUCAAGCUUGUUUGCACAGAAAAUAAAUGUCUUGAAUCCAUACUUUUGGCAAAUGCUUAGAGAAAUUAUCAAGUUCAAGAAUGAUGUUAUUAGUUAUCUUGAAGUGCUUGAAAACAACCCAGAUGUUGAUCGCAAUGAAACAUUGGGACAGUUCGUCGAGUCACGGGAUUACUCCGAAUUAUUUCAGAAGGCUUAUCUGGUACCAAUAUGUGGUUCAAUAUGGUCCUGCCCUACAGAAAGAGUUAUGGAUUUUUCAGCUUUCUCUAUUCUUUCAUUUUGCUGUAACCAUCAUCUACUUCAGCUCUUUGGACGGCCGCAGUGGAUGACUGUUAGAUGGCGUUCACAUCGCUAUGUCAAUAAGGUCAGAGAAGAGCUGGAGAGUAGAGGUUGUGAAAUAAGAACUGGUUGUGAGGUGCAUUCUGUUUUGAGUGAUGCUCAAGGUUGCACUGUAUUAUGUGGAGAUGACUCUCAAGAAUCACACGAUGGUUGCAUAAUGGCUAUUCAUGCACCAGAUGCUUUGAGAUUGUUAGGAAACCAAGCAACAUUUGACGAAUCGAGAGUUCUUGGUGCUUUCCAAUAUGUGUAUAGUGAUAUUUUUCUUCAUCAUGACAAAAAUUUAAUGCCCAAAAACCCAGCAGCAUGGAGUGCAUGGAAUUUUCUUGGAAGUACAGACAAGAAAGUAUGUUUGACAUACUGGCUCAAUGUGCUUCAGAAUCUUGGAGAAACAAGCCUACCCUUUCUUGUAACUCUCAAUCCAGAUUAUAAGCCACAGCAUACCUUACUUAAGUGGAGAACAGGCCAUCCAGUACCAUCUGUUGCUGCAACAAAAGCUUCACUUGAGCUUGAUCAGAUUCAAGGAAAGAGAGGAAUUUGGUUUUGUGGAGCAUACCAGGGCUAUGGCUUCCAUGAAGACGGAUUAAAGGCUGGUUUGGUUGCUGCAAAUGGUGUGCUGGGAAAAAGUUGUUCCAUUCUGAGCAAUCCAAAACAUAUGGUACCUUCUCUGGUGGAAACAGGGGCACGCCUAUUUGUUACUAGAUUCCUCAGUCAUUUUAUAUCAACUGGCUGUGUGAUUUUAUUGGAGGAAGGUGGCACAAUGUUUACCUUUGAGGGAACUAGCAAAAAAUGUUCUCUAAAAACUGUUAUUAAGGUUCACAAUCCACAAUUUUACUGGAAGGUUAUGACUGAGGCAGAUUUAGGCCUUGCAGAUGCAUAUAUCAAUGGAGAUUUUUCUUUUGUUGAUAAAAAUGAUGGUCUUUUAAAUCUUGUCAUGAUUCUCAUCGCCAACAGAGAUUUGAUUUCUUCCAACUCAAUACUGAGUAAGAAAAGGGGUUGGUGGACACCUUUGUUGUUUACAGCUGGUUUAACAUCAGCAAAGUAUUUCUUCAAGCAUGUCUUAAGGCACAAUACUCUUACACAAGCUCGAAGGAACAUUUCUCGUCAUUACGACUUGAGUAAUGACCUUUUUGCUCUAUUCUUGGAUGAAACAAUGACAUACUCCUGUGCAGUGUUUAAGACAGAAGAUGAAGAUUUGAAAGAUGCACAACAGAGAAAGAUCUCACUUCUGAUUGAAAAAGCUAGAAUUGAUAGUAACCAUGAAAUUCUUGAGAUUGGAUGUGGUUGGGGAAGCUUAGCUAUUGAGGUUGUCAAACAAACUGGAUGCAAAUAUACUGGCAUCACUUUAUCCGAGGAGCAACUAAAAUUUGCAGAAAAGAGAGUGAAGGAAGCUGGACUUCAGGGCAAUAUAAGAUUCCAACUCUGUGACUAUCGACAACUACCUAGCACCAACAAGUAUGAUAGAAUAAUAUCUUGUGAGAUGAUAGAAAAUGUUGGCCAUGAAUACAUGGAAGAAUUCUUCGGUUGCUGUGAAUCUGUGCUGGCAGAAGAUGGACUUCUUGUUUUACAGUUCAUAUCAAUACCAGAAGAACGCUAUGACGAAUACAGGCAAAGUUCAGAUUUUAUCAAGGAAUACAUCUUCCGUGGUGGAUGCCUACCUUCAUUGGCUAGGAUAACAUCAGCCAUGAAUUCUGCAUCCAGACUCUGUGUGGAGCAUGUGGAAAACAUAGGACUUCAUUACUACCAAACACUUAGAUAUUGGAGAAAGAAUUUCUUGGAGAAGCAGAGCAAAAUCCUUGCCUUGGGUUUCAACGAGAAGUUCAUUCGAACCUGGGAAUACUAUUUUGAUUAUUGCGCAGCUGGUUUCAAGUCAAAUACUCUUGGAAAUUACCAGGUUGUAUUUUCACGCCCUGGAAAUGUGGCUGCACUGGGCAACCCAUACAAAGGGUUUCCUUCUGCGUCUUAAUUCUUUUCUACUAAGAGUAGAUAUUGUACCAUUUAAAGUGAAUCACAAUGUUAUGUGGCUCAAUCAG